AUGUCACAACAAACCGGACCGUCUUCCUCUUCCUCUCCCUCUUCCACCUCUAACACAUCGUUACCAUUACAAGAACCACAAGUUCGUUAUGAAACUUUAAAUAAUAGGUUCGUUAGACGACUCAAGGAAGAACCAUUAAUUCCUCUCGGAAUGUUUGCAACCUUAUUCGCGUUGGUAGGGGCGACAAUAGGAUUUUAUAGAGGAGAUUCAAAAACCAUGCAACAUUUUUUAAGGUACAGGGUAGCUGCACAAGGAUUUACAGUUAUAGCAGCAACAGCGGUUCCUCUUUAUUACCGGGCGAAUCAUUAUGUGAACAGUAAAAAAAAGUAA